ACGACAAAAAGUAUAUUUCGAAAUACAAAUUGAGGUCACAUUACUCCUCCUAAAAUUAGAUUUCAAAGGAAAAAGAUAAAUCAGAUUUAAACGAUAUUGAUUUUUCGUCAACUCAAACUCCUGAGCUUGUGUGUACACAUUUGGCUUUCUAAGCUAGAAGUUAUUCGCCAGCUGCAAAAAUUGUUCACCUUCACCAUAGGUCUUGCCGAGACUGCCGUUUUAGAUAUCAUGGCUGCUAAUUUACAACAGCAGCGCACACUGAACGAACAAUUGCGUCGCGAGGCAUGCAUUCCACGCAUACAAGUCUCCGAGGCUUGUAAUGCAAUGAUGAAGUACAUGCUGGAUAAUGAGACGGACGAUUGCCUUUUGAGUGGAUUCACCAGUCAAAAGGUGAAUCCAUUUCGCGAGAAGAACUCAUGCAGCAUUUUAUAAGCUCAAAAAAUAUGAAAUAGGUGCACAAGUUCCUAGCAGUAUUCAUCAUAAAUAUGUAGGCAUACUAAUUGUUUACGUUUUCUCGACGAACCUAAAUAGACUAAAAACAAACACUAAUCUAUUAUUGCAUGCAUAUGUGCGUAUGUAUAACCUUUGAUGUAUCUUGUAAAUGUAUGUAUGCUGACCUCAAUUAUGUCUAUAAAUUGAAGAUAUACACAUAUUGUAGAAUAUUUAUAAAUAUGUGGAAAACUCAAACCGUCUUUACGUACAUACAUACAUUUGUACACAUACCAUGUAUUUUGCUAAUCCUAUAGCUCUUUUUUGGAGAACGGCAUUAACCACAACAUAGCGAUUUUCAAUGAAUGUAAUAAACCCUAAGUCCUAACUAAUCUAAAAUGUUUCCUAUUGAGAUAUAUUCAAUAAAUAAUAAAUAUUUAUAAAUGUA